AUGUCUCUCAAGAGUACCAGGGGUGUACUACGCCCAGCAGAUCGAGCAGCUCUAGUAACCGACUCGAUGCCAACAAUUCAAUUUACCAAUCUUGAAGAUCUCAUCAGAGCAAUCGAUGCCGCACCAGGAGAUGCACUGCGCGUCACCAAUGUAUCUCCCACGGUCUACAAGGCGCUGGACGAAGGAUACGAGACAAACAAAAUCCACCUCUCCAUGUACACUGAAGACUCUCAGUGUUUGAUAAUCACAAUUCCUACUCUCGAACACGAAGCCGUGUAUGGGAUACUGUCUAUAGGACUCGUGAGCGCAGUCACUUUGAUGGGCCUAGCGAACAACUGGAAGUACAGGGGCACUACAACUAUUUAUUCACGGCGUUCCUCUGGAGGCGGAGGCGGAGGACAGCAGCCAGAUGCGUCUGCCAGCCCGAGAGCAGAUGGUCGCAUAUAUCGAUUUCCAACCAUUAUAUUUGAGGGUGGAUACUCUCAGACUUUACCAGAAAUGCGAGUGAAGGCAAGAAGAUACUUCGAAAUGUCGGAACACGAGGUCAAGAUUGUGAUCUUGUCAAAGCUUAUACCAACUGAACGCAGGAUCAUCAUAGAGAGAUGGGAAGAAAGACAGCGAGGAGAGCGUCGUCCAGGACCCGCAACCCGUUGGGGGAGUGAAAUAGUACCUGGCUGUCAACAGGUAAUUACAAUUAACGAAAAUGGGGCAAAUCCGCCAGUUUAUCAAGUCGAUAGCGACGACUUGGUAUUGAGUUUUAGGUUAUUGUUCCAACGAGAUCCACGCCAGGGAGAGGGUGAUGUUGUUUUCUCUGUCGCUUGGUUGCGCGAAUAUGCAGUACAAGUUUGGGAAGACUGGGAUCAGGAUGAUGAGGCAAUUUAA